GUCUGGUGGCUUGGCCGUGCCGGGAGCUGAUGACAAUGGGCAAUUGUCAAGUUGGGGCCCCUCUCGUUUGAGUUUUCUUCCUUUUAUAGUAAGUAGCAGUUGCUCCAGCAGCUGGCCUGCCCCUGCGGGGUGAGCACGGGGCUUGUAUAUAAGGGAAGGAGCAGCCUUUGCCUUUCAUCCUCGGUUCAGUGGCUUCCCUGGGCAGCAGGACCCAUCCCUGCCCCUUCACACAGCCCCAGCACGAUGCCAAUCAAGAAACCUGACCCCAAGAAGGAAGCGGCCAAAGCAGCUCCAGCCCCGGAGCCCCCCCGAGAGCCUGCCUUUGAUCCCAAGAGCGUGAAGAUUGAGUUCACUGCAGAGCAGAUUGAAGAGUUCAAAGAAGCCUUCAGCCUGUUUGACCGGACGCCCGCCGGGGCCAUGCAGAUCUCCUAUGCCCAGUGUGGGGAUGUCCUACGGGCGCUUGGCCACAACCCCACCAAUGCAGAGGUCCUGAAGGUGCUGGGCAAGCCCAAAGCAGAAGAAAUGAACACGAAGCUGCUGGACUUCGAGGCCUUCCUGCCCAUCCUGCAGCACUUCACCCGCACCAAGGAGCAGGGCACCUUCGAGGACUUUGUGGAAGGGCUGCGUGUCUUUGACAAGGAGGGCAAUGGCAUGGUGAUGGGCGCCGAGCUGCGCCAUGUGCUGGUCACACUGGGAGAGAAGAUGACAGAAAGCGAGGUGGAGCAGCUGAUGGCAGGGCAAGAAGAUGCCAAUGGCUGUAUCAACUAUGAAGCUUUCGUCAAGCACAUCAUGUCUGGCUGAAAGGAGAAACUUCAGCUCUCAGCAAUGUUGGAACCCACCCGAGCACCACAAGCAGCGAGAUCCCUCCAUCCGUGUCCCUUCCACCCUGGAUGUCACGCAUCUGCAGAUGUGCCACCAUGGAGAGCUGGCCCCCACGAGCGUGUGCCUGAGCCUCGGUGGACAAUGAGACCUCUGCAGCUUGGGUUUAACCCUUCAGUUAUUCUGUUCAGUCUUUUUUUCUGUGACAUUUGGCUCAUUAAAUUCCAUCCUUCUUCCCU